UGUUGGGACAGACCUGUUGGGACAGACCUGUGGAGACAGACCUGUUGGGACAGACCUGUGGGACAGACCUGUUGGGACAGACCUCUGUACACCUACAUGAACCGGGAGGGCAGCAUCAGGGACCCUCGCUUCGAGGAGCGUCUGGACUGGAACGGCAGCAAGAAGACGGAGGACCUGCAGGACGGAUCCAUCUACAUCCUGAACGUGACCUUCAACGACACCGGAAACUACACGUGCACGUUCGAGCGCACGCUCAUCUACACCAACUACGAGUACCAGACCAACACCAGCAAGAGCAUCUACCUCAGAGUGGUGCCCAAACUGACCAGAGGCAUGGCGUCCAUCCUGUCGGAGGUCAUGAUGUACGUGUCCAUCAUCGGCCUGCAGCUCUGGCUGCUGGUGGAGAUGAUUUACUGCUACAGGAAGAUCUCUGCGGCCGGAGAGGAGGCUCUGAGGGAGAGCGAGGCCGAGUAUUUAGCCAUCGCCUCUGAGAGUAAAGAGAACUGUGCAGCUGAGCAGGCGGCGGAAUGACAGGUCCAGGAUGAAUCUCUGAGAACGUCUCCAUGAUGUCCCCCUCGUCCCCUCGUCCCCCUCGUCCCCUCGUCCCUGGAUGGAAACACAAACCUCCAGAGAAACAUGUUUUGAUUUUAAACACUCGUUGAAACAAACCCAGGUUCUUCAGGUUCUAUAGGAGGAGAACCGAGCUGUAAAUAAGAGAACACGUGUUAGAAAUGACAUGCUAGCCUCCAUGUCUGCAUGCUGACAGGUAACCCUCAGAUAUUUUUCAUUCAGGAGGAUUUUAUCUAAACCUGACAAAGAAGAAAGUUUUACAAGCAGAAUAUGUAUUUACAGGUUUUAAAAGCACAAACUUUUAUUUUGAAAAUAUCUUUAGCCUUGAAACAGGACCAAACAAUUAAAGCUAUUUAAGUUUUAUUUUAACAGACUAUGAUUAACCUGAUGACGUCACAGUGACACCUGGUGGGUGAAAAUAAAACCUGCACAUGGAGCAAAAUAAUAAAAAAAUUAAACUAAAACCAUUUUAAAAAAGGACAGACUGAGUUUAUUGGACCUCAAAUUUAUUAAAUUCCACCCACUCCACCCCCUGUUAACAAUAGGUGUUAAUUAGGUGUCAACGAUAGCCAUGUGAUGUGAGUAUCAGUCACAUGG